UGGAAGGAAGACUAUCUCAAAGAUCUCCAUAAGAGAUAUCGCUGGAAAACGGCCCAGAAGGAAGCCAAGGCAGGAGAAUGCGUAAUCAUACAGGACGAAUGCCUUCCUCCAACAGAAUGGCGACUAGGCCGCAUUGAAAAGGUUCAUCGAGGAUCAGAUGGUCACAUAAGAGUAGUCGAUGUGCGAACACAAACCGGCAUAUUAACUCGACCAGUCACCAAACUGUGUUUUCUUCCAAACGGCGAAGAACAACUUCAACCAAAACCGCAAAAUAACACGCAAAAGUAAUCGAAAAAUAAUAAAACAAUUCCGCUAAUUCGAAAAUAACCCGCUUUAUGAUCCGUACAAAAAAUAAAUUCAACCAAGCGCGUUGAAAAUCAAUUUAUUAUACAAACAUAUACAUGCAUAUGUAUAGAUAUGUAGCUACAACAACUACAUGCUAAUAUUAUAAACAAAAUCAAUUUAAUUACAAUUCUAUAUUCCCAUAGAAAUGGACGUAGAGGAGAUCCAAACCGCCUCCAACACCGUCAGGUCCGAAAUCGCUAUACCCAAAGCGUCGGCUGCACCAGUUGCCGCUCCAAGGACCAGGGUUAUGCGACCACCGCCAUCCGCCGAAGCAGUCCGGGAGAUGAGAGAGGAGCAGCUAUUGGAGCCUCAGGGGCCUCCAGGUUGCAGCUUGUGCCAUCGCCCACACGCCCUGAAACGAUGCUCCAUUUUCAAGAGCAUGAAGCCUGCUCAGCGGCAACAGGUUGCAAGAGCCCAUGGGCAUUGCAUGACCUGCCUGGCAGAUGACCACGCCACCAUAGAGUGCUGGGCCGACGGCGCCUGUCAAUAUUGCCAGAGGCCCCAUCACACUCUAUUUCAUCGUUUUCCCCGCCGAGCCAAUCCGUCGGAAAGUAGCACCAACGCCCGUAUCAGACCACGCAGCGAUGCUACCCGGCGACGACGAAGCAGCCAAACAACCGCAACACGUAGACGGCCAUCUCCGCCACGCCACGCUCAUCGUCAGCAACAACGACGCUCAACAGGGUUGAGCGCUGUACUAAACACAUUGCAACAGCUGCAACGGCUCUUAGCCGAUUAAUUCGCCUAAGGGGGCCGGGAUGUUCACAUGAGCUAUGAGCGUUCUGCAGCAUCCCACAUCACAUCAUCACAUCACCACAUAUCACCACACAUCACAUCAUAUCACGUCACAACACCUCAUCACACAACAGCUCACAGCAUACCCCAAUACACACACACGCAUCAAACACCGAUCAUUACUACAACACUGCAACACAACAACCAUACGAUCAUCAACGAGACGACUCGUAAUGUCAGCUAAUUUCACCACCCAAACCAUAAAAAGGGAUUGAUUCGACCGGGAUUAUCUUCUUACCGUUUCUUCCGUAAAGAAAACCAGUCGUCCGCGAAAUUCAGCUUUUAUCAAUUUUUCGUACCGCAACCAUCACCGCAAUUUCUUUUUUUUCAUCCAAAUCGUGAAGCACCGAGCUCGCCAUCAGUGUCCAACAUUGGAAUCUACAUAUUUAUUAAUAUAUAUUAAAUACACCGAAGUGUAUACGAAAAACCCAAGUUUUUAUUGUGAAAUAAUAAAGUGAUUAUUAUAAUUAUAACGUGUGAAGACCAGUGCCUUUUGUUUACUUUCCAACCCAUAGGUAUACGACAAAAGGUAAGUAUACCAGUGCCACACG